AUGCAGGAAAGGGCCGAGGAGCUGCCGCCCUCCCUGCCGAGUCAGUCGGGGGCAGGACAAGGAGGGGCUGCUGAGCUUUAUUUGCUGGUGCUGCUGCUUUUGGUUUCAUUUCCGUCCGUGCUCGGAGCAGCAAUGGAGGAGCCGCUGUGCCUGGUGCAGAACGGGGCCGACGGGGUGCUGAGCCCCAACCCCGAGGCGCUGGAGGUGCUGCGCGGCAUCGGGCAGCCCGUGGUGGUGGUGGCCAUCGCGGGGCCCUACCGCACCGGCAAGUCCUUCCUCAUGAACCAGCUGGCGCGGCGGCGCCCUGGAUUCGCCCUGGGUCACACAGUGCAGGCGCAGACCAAGGGGAUCUGGAUGUGGUGCCUGCCACACCCACGCCGGGCCAACACCACCCUGGUGCUGCUGGACACCGAGGGGCUGGGGGACCCCAACAAGGGCGACAGCCGCAACGACACCUGGAUCUUCACGCUGGCGCUGCUGCUCUCCAGCACCCUGGUGUACAACAGCUCUGGCACCAUCAACCAGCAGGCGCUGGAGAACCUCGGGUACCGGGGGAUCGGGGCGGGCACAAUGGUGUCGGCGCUGUCACGGUGGCAUCAUGGUGAUGGUGCCACCGCUCCCCACAGGGUGGUGACGGUGCUGACGGAGCGCGUGCAGGUGCGGGUGGGGGACAGCAGGGACGAGGCAGCAGCCGACUUCGUGCGCUUCUUCCCCGGCUUCGUCUGGGCCGUGCGGGAUUUCGCGCUGGAGCUGUCGCAGGACGGGCGGCGCAUCACUGAGGACGAGUACCUGGAGAACGCGCUGCGCCUGCAGCCCGGGAGCAGCCGUGUGGUGCAGGAGCAGAACGAGCUGCGGUGUUGCCUGCGCGACUUCUUCCCUGAGCGCAAGUGCUUUGUGCUGCCGCCGCCGGCCGACGUCGAGGCGAUGACGCGGCUGGAGGAGCUCGACGAGGGGCAGCUGCGCCCCGGCUUCCUGCGGCAGGCCGACGCCUUCUGCCGGCACGUCUGGGACAAGGCCCCGGUGAAGGCGCUGCCAGGGGGGCAGAAGGUGACGGGCAGCAUGCUGGCGAGCCUGGCGGAGAGGUACGUGGCGGCCAUCGCCAGCAGCGGGGUGCUGUGCCUGGAGAGCGCGGUGAUGGCGCUGGCGACGGCCGAGAACACGGCGGCGGUGGCGGCGGCAGUGGCCGAGUACAAGCAGCGCAUGGAGCGGGAGCUGAAGCUGCCCACGGCCUCGCAGGAAGCGCUGGGGGACGUGCACCGGCGCUGCGAACGCCGCGCCCUCGCCCUCUUCAUGGCGCGCGUCUUUGCUGACAAGGAGCAACGCUACCAGGGCCAGCUGAUGCACGAGCUGGAGGCGGCCAAGGAGGAGUUCUGCCGGCGCAACGAGGCGGCCUCGGCGGAGCGGUGCCGCGCGGUGCUGCGGGAGCUGUGGCAGGACGUGGAGCAGCGCCUGGACCGUGGGGAGUACGCCGUGCCGGGGGGCUCGCGCCGCUUCCAGGAGCGCCUGCGGGAGCUGAUGGAGGAGUACCGCCAGCGGCCCGGCAAGGGGGUGAAGGCGGCGGCGGCGCUGGAGGAGUUCCUGCGGGAGCGCGAGGUGCUGGUGCGGGCGCUGUGUGCGGCUGACCAGCAGCUGUCGGAGCGCGAGAGGGAGCGGGUGGCCAGUGACACGGUGGUGGCGGCAGCGGCGACGGCAGCGUCAAAGGAGGCUGAGGAGGCGGCCCAGGCACGGCAAGUGGAGCAGCAACGCAGCUUCGAGGAGCACCGCCGGCAGCUGGAGGAGCGGCUGCGGCAUGAGCAGCGGGUGAUGCUGGAGGAGCAGGAGCGCGUCAUCGAGCACAAGCUGCAGGAACAGCGGGCGCUGCUGCAGGAAGACUUCCAGAGCAAGGCCGAGGCACUGCAGGAGCAGAUCAAGAAGCUGCAGAAGGAGAAGGAGGAGAUCAAGAAGCCGUCGUGGCGCCAAAAGGCACUGGAUGGGCUCCGGACUGCCGCCGAGAUUUGCCUGACGGGUCUUGUAUGUUACGGAGUGCCGCUGCUCCUGCGGCGGUUCCGGCACAUAUAACCUUGUCACAACCCCAAUAAAUUUCUCUGUGGUGCCA